GUCUGUCAUUAUUUUAUACCUGCUGCUGAAAUGUCGCGCUCUCUCUCCUCGGGCAACGGCCCACUCACACUGGCGCGCACGCACACAAUCACUAAAGGGUCAUUUCGAUAAUGGCUGAUAUGUAGAUUUUUAAAUGAUUGAUAAUAUUAAAAUUGUAUGCCUUCAUGAAUUUCAUUAACAAAAAUAUUUUAAACACAUUUCCAUGAUCUUUUCAGGACCUUACAAACCCCUCAUUUGAAAGUUUGGAACAGCGGAUCAUGCGCAUUCAGGUUGGCAAACAGAUUCACAGAUUAGCGGCAAAUAACCUUGAACAAAGCAUAAUCAGGAAAUGAAUGCCCACUCUCCAUUGCUAUUUAAUGCAGAUCCCGCCUUCAUUCUGCUUUGAUCAACCUUUUUUGCCUCAGUCUGUAAAUCUGGGCCGGCGAUAGUCUACUUUGUUUUAUAGAGGAGCUGGUAACUGUGAAGUGCUGUGAAAAACAGUGAAGUGCUGGUAUGGCGCUCYGGACAGCUCCGGCCCAAGUAAAGCACUGACUAUUAUGGUAGCCUACUGUUAAUACACUAAUACAAUAAUUAGGAAUACACUAAUGAAUGUAUUCCAUAUCCACAUACCAUAUUCUAAUUGUCAUUAAAGGACAAUAAUGGAUAAUUUUUUGUAAAGAGCCUCUUAAAAUAUUGUGCAAAGAUGUAUAACUAAUUUUAGUCAGAUCGAGUGCAGCUAUUGACAUUUGGAAUCAGGUAUUAUUCAGGCUACAAUGUACUUCAUUGUUUCUGUCUAUUUUUGCCUCAGAUCCCUUGACAUCUACACCUAUUGCAGGGAUCCACUCUCUGACCUAAAUCAUUGUUUAUAACCYGUGUAUGUGGUGAGAAGGGGACUCCUGUGGUCAGACAACCCAAAGCCAGGCCUCAUGCUCAGGUGAUGAAGAUCCUAUGAUUCAAGAGGGUGAUGGAGACAGUCAGCCUCAGCCAUGGCAGMCAUCUUUUUACACACACAGACUGGUACACUCUGAGACCAGGAACAGGACCAGUCUCUCCCCUGAUCGCCACUUACCUGUAUCCCAACCCUUUGCUCUCCGUCACCGACCUACUGCUUUGUGAAUGAGGCUGAUGAUUCAGCCUGUCCCUGUCCGCAGCCUGGGUUCUUCCCUAACCCUAACCCUGUCCGUGCACCAGCCUGCGGGGACCAUGGAGCUGCUGUGGGUGCUGUGUGUGUCCAUGCUGAUGGCUCCAGCGGUGGUGGUGGAGGCCAUCCCCAUGGAGUCUGCAGCUGGGAGCCACAGCAUGUUCACCUGUGAACCUAUCACCCUGCGCAUGUGUCAGGGGCUGCCCUAUAACUCCACCUUCAUGCCCAACCACCUCAACCACUACGACCAGCAGACCGCCGUGCUCUCCAUGGAGCCCUUCCACCCCAUGGUGAACCUGCAGUGUUCCUCAGAGCUGAGGAUGUUCCUGUGUGCCCUCUAUGCUCCGGUGUGUACUGAGUACGGACGCAUGACACUGCCCUGCCGACGGCCGUGCCAGAGAGCCAAGGGGGACUGCUACAAACUCAUGGACAUGUUUGGAGUCACCUGGCCACAAGAGAUGGACUGUAACAGGUUCCCAGACUGUGACGAGCCAUACCCCCGUCCUGUAGACCUGCUCUCCAGCGCAGACUCCACUGAGUCGCCCAUCKCCUUCCAGCACGACUAUGGCUUCUGGUGUCCCCGUGAGCUCAAGAUCGACCCCGACCUGGGCUACUCUUUCCUGGGUGUGACGGACUGCUCGCCCCCUUGUCCCAACAUGUAUUUCCAGCGGGACGAGCUGGUGUUUGCCCGCUACUUCAUCGGCGUGGUGUCCGUUGUCUGUCUCUCGGCAACCCUCUUCACCUUCCUCACCUUCCUCAUCGACGUGUCCAGGUUCCGCUACCCGGAGCGGCCAAUCAUCUUCUACGCCAUGUGCUACAUGAUGGUGUCGCUGGUGUUCUUGCUGGGCUUCCUGCUGGAGGACCGGGUGGCAUGCAACACGGCGAGCCCCGGCCUUUCCCGGGCGCCCACCGUCACCCAGGGCUCACACAACAAGGCGUGCACGUUGUUCUUUAUGAUGCUCUACUUCUUCACUAUGGCAGGCAGUGUGUGGUGGGUCAUCCUCACCCUCACCUGGUUCCUGGCUGCCGUGCCUAAGUGGGGCAGCGAGGCCAUAGAGAAGAAGGCCCUGAUCUUCCAUGCCUGUGCCUGGGGCCUACCCGGUUGUCUCACCGUCACUUUAAUAGCUAUGAACAAGAUAGAAGGGGAUAGUGUCAGCGGGGUGUGUUUCGUGGGGMUGUAUGACCGCACAGCGCUGAGAUGGUUUCUGCUGGCUCCGCUGGGUCUGGAUGUUUUGGUGGGCGUGGCAUUACUGUUAGCGGGAAUCCUUGCUUUGAACCGCGUGCGUAUGGAGAUCCCUCUGGAGAAGGAGAACCAGGACAAGCUGGUGAAGUUUAUGAUCCGUAUCGGGGUGUUCUCUGUGCUCUACCUGGUCCCUCUGCUGACGGUCAUAACCUGCUACCUUUAUGAGAACAGCUAUAGGACUGCCUGGGAGACUACCUGGGUACAGGAGCACUGCAGAGAGUACCACAUCCCCUGUCCAUACCAGAUUGAGCAGACCAACAGACCAAACCUGUCUCUGUUCCUCAUGAAGUACUUGAUGAUGUUGGUAGUCGGGAUCCCUUCAGUGUUCUGGGUGGGCAGCAAGAAGACCUGCUUCGAAUGGGCCAGCUUCUUCCACGGACAGAGACGCAAAGAUAGUGUGGUGAACGAGAGUAGACAGGUGCUCCAGGAGCCAGAUUUUGCCCAGCUGCUCCUGCACGAUCCCUACACCCCCAUCGUGAGGAAGUCCAGAGGGACGUCCACACAGGGCACCUCCACCCACGCGUCUUCCACCUACCUGGCCAUGCUGGACGAGCCCCCCAGCGGGAGCACCAGUCGGGCAAGCAGUGUCCGCAGCAAGAUGAGCAGCUUCCAUGGAAGUCUUUAUAGAUCCAGAGACGGCAGGUACACGGCAUGUAGUUUCCGUGGAGUCGAGGAUCGCCUCCCCUACGACAGCAUGCUCCACCUCAACGACCAAUCAGGGUCCAGACACUGCAGCACCAACCGUCUGGACAGCAUAUCAAAGCACGGCUCCACCCAGCGCCUGGAGAGCAAAUCGCAGCACAGCAGCAUCAAGGACCUUAGCAACAUCACCCAGGCCAUUCAGAGCGCUCCCAGCAACGUAAUCCACAGAGUCCUAGAGGAGAAUGGAGCCACUGCCUGAACUACCCCCUAAACACGACCCUGUAGCUAAAACCCAUCCUUUAAGAUACACAAGUGUCUAGGCCUAGAGGUGGAUGUUGAUUUGGGACUGGGCAUACUAGAUCUUUGUGUGACAGUUUGAGAGUAAGGAGACUGUGGAGACUAUGGUUGUUUGAUAAUCAUACCUCAACAUGUCCCCUCACUCAGCCUCACUAAACAGUACUGAUAAAUGAAGAUAGCAGAUGACAGUGUAACAUGGACCUGUAGGUGUGAGAGCUGAACCAAUAACACGGAAGAAGAAACAAUAUUCUUGAAUACAGAGUAAUCUCUCCAAUGCUGUUUGUUCUCUGUUCUGGAGUCAGCACUAUGUGAAAGACACUGUUCUGGAGUCAGCUCUAUGUGAAAGACACUGUUCUGGAGUCAGCUCUAUGUGAAAGACACUGUUCUGGAGUCAGCGCUAUGUGAAAGACACUGUUCUGGAGUCAGCUCUAUGUGAAAGACGGAGCGCAGGGAUCACUUUCACAGGGAAGAUAUUAUCUAUCGGCACGUUCCACUACUCGGGGGGGGGGGUGAAAAGGGAUAAAUCUAAGGAUUUUAGAAUCUAGAUCGCUCCAUUAUCGGUCUCACAAGCAAAUGCUGCCAAAGCACUCCUCUUCAAAAGCCAAUACUUUAUUCUUAUAGACCACAUUGUUUACCUGUACGAGAACUAUUGUAGACUGGUCUCAAAAACCCCGGUUCUCGUCUAUUGUUUUCAUUGCACUUCUGAUGGAGGCAGUUAGAGGUACUGUAUGUGAGGAGUAGGGCCAGGAGUCUUCCCGGACUGUGACCUACUCAGGGUCCUAGUGAUGACAGACACUGUCCCAUUGUCAAUCAAUUGAUGAAUGAGCAGUUGUGAAGUGAAAGGCUGUAUUGUAUAACAGGAUAAAAGCGGACUUACAAACUCCAGCCUUAUAUGUAGAAUACGAUAGUGUUCUUUUCCCUCAGAAUUAGAAUCARUUGUAUUGUUCCUCCCCUUCUAUGAAUUGUAUACCUACUUGUGUAAGAUACAUGUAAGCCAGAACUUCUUCUAGUAAUGGCAAUGUGAAUAGAUGUACAUUUGUUUUGGUUUUUUUAAUUGGGGAGGGAGGGUCAUUUGUGACAUUUUUAAUAAACUCUUCUCAUAAUACA